AUGCAAAUGAACCGCGAUGAACAGAAAGGGAUUUCUCUUGUAUGGAAACCUCCCCAACCCAUUGGAAAAGUAGUUUUGUGGUACAUAGUGGAAUGGACGUCUGCAGAUUUCAGACAUGGACUUGUGUGGAAAAAAGUCCCCAUCCAAAACACAACAACAUAUAUCAAAGGUAAAAUACACGCCAACUCUUUUUAGUGACCUUCAUGAUAUGUUGGGCUGAUGACAUGCAUAGCUUCUUAAACCCAGAAUAAUUGAGCCGCUCAGGAACAGCCAACAUGGUGCCCUGCAGAUGCUCUCAGACAACAACUCCCAUCAGUCCCAGACAACCUAGCUUAUACUCAAGGAUGAUGGAAGCUGUUGUCCAACAACAUCUGGAGGGCACCAGGUUUGCUACCCCAGGAGCAGAUUUUGCAAACAUGAAGAAUCACUUUUAGUGAAAUCUGUUUUCCUCACCCUUGGUCACCAAGAAAGCAUCUUUUGCGGAGGAAAUCUAGUUUAAAAUCCAAAAGACAACAAACAUACCAAACCUACAAGCAAACUUAGCAAAGACUACCAAAAUCAACAUGGACAAAUAGAGCUACUGUGGGAACAAAAUAUAAGAAACCCACAUUGAGCCACCUGAGCUGCUUAUGUGGAGAAAGGGAUACAAAUGUGAUAAAACAUUUUAAAAUGACUGUCUGCUCCCCCACCCUUCCCCAAGAAGUCAGAACAAAAUCAUGGGAUUAGAAUUCAUUGGUUCUUAUUUCUGAACUUUUACUCAUGAUUCCUUUUUUAAAAAUUAUACAGUAGAACUUAUUUUCAUUAUUAAAAUAAAUGAAUAAAACCUCAUCCUUACAGAAAAUGUCAGAAUGGGGCAUAACUUCAACAUUUCAGUGUAUGCUGUGUAUCAAGAUGGCAUCAGCAAGGCCUGUUCCAUCCCGAGUAAGUACCAUUGGGGCCAUUGUAAGGGGACUGGCACUAUUUCAUAGUGUGCUGUGUUUGAGCUAAACUUCCUCUAUGGAAUGGUCAUAUCUCCCUGACUAAAAAAUAUUUUUCAAUGUGUUUAUGUAUAUAUGGUAAUUAUCUUAUUCAAACUGGAAUAAGAUAGUUUCGGGGCAUUAACUGGAAUUAAACAUUUCCUUAAAAGGUGUGGAUGAGGACAUGUUUCAUAAAUAAUGUACAGUACACACAUUUGUUUGCUGUAUGUACCUAUAUUACUCUGUAGAGAGCCAUACUAAUCUUUCAUGUCCACUGUGUGUAUAUAUGUCAGAGAGAGCAGCAACUGGCCCUGAUUCACCUGCGUACGUACAGGAAAAAACUAAAGAUAAGCAUGACUUUCACAUAAUUAGAAGAAACAUACUAAAUCAGACAUUCUUGCUCAUUUCUGUUAACUUCCCUUUAGUUGUAUUACAUCCUUUGAUGAUUUUAAAGUUCUUCCAUCAGAGAUGCAGUAUAAGACUGUUAGAUAACCAAAGCAGUUCUACACCAUGAAUAAUAAGGCCUUGAUAGGAAUUAAGGCGAAUUUGCCAAGGACAAUGAAAAGUAAUAAGUUUGCUGGAAUGACUUUUAUGCCCAGCCUUGAUUAAGCAGAUUAUUGUGAAAUAGUAGAUACUGUACCACAAUUAUGUAAAGUGUUACUGGAUUUCAUUCAAAGUAAUACACAGGCUUUAACUGCUGAAUCAGGGGGCCCUUCUGUCUAUCAAGGUGUAUUACUGUGCUCUUACAUACAGAUCCAACCCCUGUAUCCUCAAUAAUAUUAGUAAUAAUAAUUUUAUUAUGUUUUUUAUAUGUCCUGGAAGCCUCCCAGAGUGACCGGGGAAAUCCAGCCAGAUGGGUUUAAUAUUAUUAAAUUUAUUAUCUGCCCUUCAUCAGUAGGUCCCAGGACAGUUUAAAACAGCUGAAAAUUAAAAACAGUUAAGGCAGAUUACAAUCACAAGAACAGGGUGGCCCUGAAAGCACAAAGGGUAAAGAGGUGCGUUUUCAGCAUUUAGUGAAAGCUGUAUUGUGAGGAAGCCAGAUACACCUCUACAGGGAGGGAAUUCCACAACUUAGGGGCUGCCACAGAAAAUGCACUCUCCUGGGCCACCACAACCCAAACUUCUGAGGCUACCAAGAGGGCCCCCUCUGCUGACCAUAACACCCAGGAGUGUCUGAAGGGACCUUAUCUUUAGGGGUAAUCUCAAUGUAGCAGGCAGAAAACCAAGAGCUGGAAGUUUUCUGAACACGAAGAUGCAGGAAUUGCACGGGUUCCUUGGCAAAUCCAUAACUCCAGCCAAAAAUGAUGAAUAUUUCAUACAUACUAAAACCCUUGCAGAAAACAUGUUCCUGAGAUUGCUUCUCUAAAGCUCUAACUAAAUUUAGAAAUUACACCACAGGGUUAAUAGCGGCAACAUCCCAGUUACUCUAAUAAUUUCCUUUUACUGCCACAUCAUAUUGCAUUUUUUUGUUAGAAUUUGCUGUGGCUCCAAAGACCACAAGGCGGCAGUGUUUAAUGAAAAAUUAUAAUACGUACAGUAACUAUUUUAGGGCUACUGCCGUUACCUACAUAUAGUUCUGUUGUUUGAACAAAAUCUCCAUUUCUUAAGCAUACUGGAGCACGAUGCCCAUUCUGUAUUUCUAUCACAAAUGACAUUUUGGCCCAUUCACUCCUGCAGAAAUGUGGAGCUAUAAAGAAAACAAAUGCAUUCUUUUAGACUGGUGAGGGUGAAUAUCUAAUCAUUCUACUAUUUGCUGCUGGUGCUAGUAAUAUUUUCACUAGAAAAAGGAAAAGUCAAAAUGACACUUUCCCUUUUUUGAACUGGAGCUCUCUUAUUUUUCUAAUGCUACAAAGAAAAUAGCACACCCUCUGGAAUGCGCUUCCUGAAGAACUGCUGCACACUGCUUCAUGGUAAAGCUGAACCAGCUGCUAUUAAGUCCCUAGAUCAAAGGAAUGUAAACUUAACACCCCUAAAUAAAAUGGCAGUGAUCCAGAGUGAGUGAUCCACUCAGUGGAUUUGUAACUGGCUGACUGACCGAACCCAAAGGGUGCUCAUCAAUGGUUCCUCUUCAUCCUGGAGAAGAGUGACUAGUGGGGUGCCACAGGGUUCUGUCUUGGGCCCGGUCUUAUUCAACAUCUUUAUCAACGACUUGGAUGAUGGACUCAAGGGCAUCCUGAUCAAAUUUGCAGAUGACACCAAACUGGGAGGGGUGGCUAACACCCCAGAGGACAGGAUCACACUUCAAAACGACCUUGACAGAUUAGAGAACUGGGCCAAAACAAACAAGAUGAAUUUUAACAGGAGAAAUGUAAAGUAUUGCACUUGGGCAAAAAAAUGAGAGGCACAAAUACAAGAUGGGGGACACCUGGCUUGAGAGCAGUACAUGUGAAAAGGAUCUAGGAGUCUUGGUUGACCACAAACUUGACAUGAGCCAACAGUGUGACGCGGCAGCUAAAAAGCCAAUGCAAUUUUGGGCUGCAUCAAUAGGAGUAUAGCAUCUAGAUCAAGGGAAGUAAUAGUGCCACUGUAUUCUGCUCUGGUCAGACCUCACCUGGAGUACUGUGUCCAGUUCUGGGCACCACAGUUCAAGAAGGACACUGACAAACUGGAACGUGUCCAGAGGAAGGCAACCAAAAUGGUCAAAGGCCUGGAAACGAUGCCUAAGGAAUGGCUAAGGGAGCUGGGCAUGUUUAGCCUGGAGAAGAGGAGGUUAAGGGGUGAUAUGAUAGCCAUGUUCAAAUAUAUAAAAGGAUGUCACAUAGAGGAGGGAGAAAGGUUGUUUUCUGCUGCUCCAGAGAAGCGGACACGGAGCAAUGGAUCCAAACUACAAGAAAGAAGAUUCCACCUAAACAUUAGGAAGAACUUCCUGACAGUAAGAGCUGUUUGACAGUGGAAUUUACUGCCAAGGAGUGUAGUGGAGUCUCCUUCUUUGGAGGUCUUUAAGCAGAGGCUUGACAACCAUAUGUCAGGAGUGCUCUGAUGGUGUUUCCUGCUUGGCAGGGGGUUGGACUCGAUGGCCCUUGUGGUCUCUUCCAACUCUAUGAUUCUAUGAUUCUAUGAUUCUAGAGACAUACACAUGCAGUUCCCAUUGCCAGCUAUUGCAGAGUUUGCAGCAGGUGUGGGUGGGUUUACUAGACAUGUCAUCCAACUACAGAAAUAUUUGUUGAUUAAUCAGUUAAGUUGCAAUAGAUUUAGUUAGCUAAACUGGUUAAAGUAUGCCUAUGAAUAAAACAUUUUAUCAGAAGAAGAAGAAGAAGAAGAUUUUUGUUGUUUUUAAAACAUUAAUAAGCUUAGGAAAUCCGAUUGUAUUGUCUGGAAUGCACAAGCACUCUAUCAAAAUAGAUAAAUAAUAAUACUUUCUACACGAGAGUUGACACCAGUACAUGUAAUUUCAUUUAAUUCAAUUACAGAUCCUACCAGGAUGGCUACCAACAAACAACUCUUUUUGGCAGAGCCAGUGUCGGCACCUGGUAUCCUUAGGCAGCUGCUAAGGUCUCAGUGCCCUUACAUCUCCUCCCCUGCCCCCGCAUGCUGGCAGAGCACUUUGAGCAAUGCAAAGCAUUUGGAUCAAGCCACCUUUUCAAUUUCGCAGAAUGACCUCAACCUGGCAUCACUCAGGGGCAUUGCGGGAAAUGGAAAGAGUGGCUAGAUGCAGCUGUUUCGCACUACAGUCAAGUAAGCCUAGUACUGACAAAGAAGGGCGGCACUAGACGAGGAUACUUUACCCUGGACCUCCUCAAACCUGGAGGCCAGUGGGACACGAAGAAACCCCAAACUGACAGAGCUGCUGAAUGAAUGUAGACAAUACCCCCCCACACACUACACUACAAAAGAUAUGUUGGCUGGAUCCUAAGGCUGAGUUUUAGGAGAGAUACAGUCCCGCAAGGGGAGCGUAACUCCGUGAUGACACACACGCUUUGCAUGUGAGAAGUCCUAGGUUCAAUCCUCAACCUCUCCAGGUAGAAUUGGGAAAUCAUGGGGAGUUGCUGCCUGCCAGUGAAUACCCUGGCCAGUGGUUAGAGAUCAUGGGAGUUGUAGUCCAAUAGCACGUGGAGGGGUCAGAGCUUCUCACAGUGGUGUAGGCAAAUAUUGUGUUGCAUGAACUAGAUGAAUUCCUCGCUUUAUGGAAGUUACCUAUGAUCCUUGUUCACAGGAGCGACAUAUUUUCACCAAUUGCAACUUUGAGAGUAUUCAUCCAACAACCAGUAAAUACAAAUUGCAGUUUAAAUGAAAGCACUGAAGGGUUUCAUCCCUUGGAAAAAGUGCUUUUGGUAAACUAAUCGCAAUACAAGGGAACAAAGUAUUCACUACACUUGCUGUUGUACCACAGUGGAAGUCAUUCUCCUUUUUUGCUUUUCUUUCUCCCGUUCUCUGAAUAGCAUUGCCGGGGAAAACUCAAGACACAUAUAAUGAUCCAGGAAAUAUGUUUGCAGUUACCAACGGUAGGAAAUGUCUCUGUGUCAGGUUUCCAGAAGAGAGGUUUUCUGUGUUACCAGAUUUGGGAGGGUUUUUUUGGUUGUUGGGUUGUUGUUUUUUUUACACCAGCCAGUGAUAACAUCUCAAAGAGGUGGGAACUGAGUGAAGCAUUCACUGACGUGAUUAUAGGGAAAUGAAAGUUCAGGGUGUUUUCACACAUAAAAGAGCUAACUCAAAUUAUUCUCAAUCCAGAGACAUCCUGGGUUGAAUAUACAAUAUGAAAAUACUCAUAUGAACUUUUAAUGGUUGAUUUUUAAAAUUGUCAGUUGAGUGGCUAAAGGCACACAGAGGAGAUUUGGUGUACAUAAAACAACAGGGGUGAGAUGACGUGUUUGCUCUUCAGGAAACAUAAUCUGCCAUCACCAAUUGCUAUCUUGCUCCAUACAGUAUCUCACAUUCCAUCAAACUGGCAUGAUACCUCUCAGAAUUUACUCAAGACUUGAUUUGUCAACUGUGGAUCUAAUUAUGCUACUAUCCAGUUUGCCAAGGAAACACAAUUCUCUAGUUAAGCAUCUUUAUCACUCUGCUAAAGAUAAGAAAGGCUAACAAUGUGUAUCUUGAGUACCAAGUGCCAUUGCCAUCAUAUUCAUGAGCUCUAUUAAAUUUGUCAAGCAUGGUCAAAUCAAAGCUUCAUAAUAAGCAUAAGGCUCCCAGCCAGUUUCAGUGGCACCUUGUACUGAAAUACAUUAUAAGAAACCUUGACAAUUUGAAAAGCCCUCCUCGGUGCAUCAGCUUAGCUAUUCAGUGGUUGAUAUGGCAUCAUGUGAACAGCUAUGAGUAGAAGCACAUGGUCGUCUAUACAGGACACAUUUCUAAGAUGCAGGUUCAGCAAAAGCAGGAACAAAGCACUGUGAUGAUAUACAUCUGAACUUCACAAGCAAUUGGUCAAGCAUCAUAAAGAUAUGAUGAAUUGUUUUUAUUCAGCAAGUGAGGUGUACCCUGAGCUAAUUCUAAAUACACAUAUGGUGUAAAAUCAAAGUGCUGAUCAUUUCUCUCUCUCUCUCUCUUUUUAAGGUGAUGGUGAUGAUGGUGGUGUUCUGUGGGGAACUGGCUUUGGAAUGUUCUUCUUAUUUAUAAUUAUUUUGAGUUUGAUUGCUACAAACAUUAAGAGGUACAAGCGUGAAGUGUUUCCCCAGACUUUUCUCCUUAGCCUUCGAGCAAACUUUUCAGCCUUGGAAAAUGUGUGUGCAGUGCCUGUUUGCGUGCAUAUUUUCCCUUAUUAAAGCAGGGCAAGGGUGAUGGUUUUGUAGUUGAUUUGUAAAGUUAUUUAGGGCUGGUGAAAGAUUGGUCCUUAGCUGUAGUGCAGUAUCUGACUGCAGUUAGGCUGAAAUUGAUGGCAAAGCUGUGUAUUCAAGUGUAAAACAACUGAAAAGCAGGAUGUGAGGCAACUUCAUGCAUAGAAGUGGUGGGCAAGAGAAAGAUUCUAUGACAUAUUUGACAAAAGAUUUUCUCCAUUCUCCUCAUCAGAGUUAUUUUUCUCUCAACGAGAAAUGUGCUGGGGGUGGAGGAGUGAUCUGGGAAGGGGCUCUGGAAGAACAGAGAAAGGGUUCAGCGCUCCUCCUAGUCGCUUGCCACUAUUGCACCAAAAUCAUUCCAGACCCCAUUUCACUUGUGUUUCUUGGUAACUGCAUUUGAAGUCAAGGAGCUGCAACCAUUACAUAUAAUUCUGCUCUCAACCUUAUCUAAACUACAUAAGCAUUUCCAAUCCAAUAAUGAAUUUGAACCAUGAUCAGUUCUUCCAAAAUGUAAUCAAUGUGUUGUGUUUUUUUUUUGAAAAGGGUUAAAACAGCAUUUUGGUCGAUAACACCGAAAUGGCUUUUUGAAGAUUAUCCUAGAGUGCAGAACAGCAGUGUGAUCAAAUCACUUCAGGUAACUCCACAAGUCAACAUUCUAUUUAUUUAAUGUGUCUAAAGAAACUAGAGUGAAGCAAGGUGGCACCUUGCAUUUGUAGGAAGAAAUGUUUGCAUGACUUUAAAAACAACAACAGCCCUGUAUGCUUUAUUUUAUGACCAUUACAUUCAGAAUAUGUUGUGGGCCUAUUUGGCUAUUGCUUCUCAUGUUCAUCUCUCUACAUGGCAUGAUCAGGACUUUGCACUCCUCCCCCUUGCUACAAGUGCAACAUAAAAUUGUCAGAUUAGGAGAUCCAAAUUUACCUGAAUGUGGAAUUGCUCAAGAUAAUAUAUGACUUGAUCUACUAUUAUCAGCAUUCAUCGCCCAUUAUUCAACUUAGUUCCAUAGCUAUUCAUUCUUACAUUCAAGUGUAACCUUAACUUUAAAUCACAAAAAGUAAUCUUUUGAAGUAUGAAUACUCUCUUCUCUUUCUAUGCAUAAACAAAGGCUUACAGUAAUUAAAAUGGACCAACUCUGUUAACUGCUGACUUAAAAGCAUAAAGGGGAAAUAGUUCAGUAUCAAACAACAAGUAAAGAAAAGCAACGAAGAAAUUCUUGCCCAUAUAGUAGCCUUAACUCUGUAAUCCUGAAGAGCUGCUAUCAGCCAGAGUGGACAAUAGUGGGCUAGGUUAUGGACAAGUCUGACCUAGGAUAAGACCUUAUCUACAGAACUAGCCAGGCAUUCACCCUCAGGAGAUUCCCAUCUCAUGAGAGGGAAGAAUGGAACUAUAAAGUUAAUCACAACUUAACUUUAGAUGGAUUGGUUCAAGUUGCAUUGCAUAGAUUUUGCCUGUACCCACAUAUGCAAACCUUAUUUUAACAUUUAUGUAGUUAUCUUUUUAUUCAUGUUUCCUAUCAGUUUUACAGAUGCCUCAAUUUAUUUUAUUAUAAUGUGUUAUUUCUGUGUUCAUUGCUCUAGACUAGAUAUUGAAACUGAAUAGCUGUUUGCUACCUCCCCUCGCCUACAUUUUAUUAUUUUUUCCUGUAAUUGUUUCUUAGGGGGAAAAUGGUGGCAUAACACACAAUUCCACUGGGUUGUUCAUCGAUCAUGAGGAUGCUGUCGUAACUGAAGUGGAGGAGACACUGGUACACAAGGAGUAUAAGGUUGUAGAUCAUAAAGAGGAAACUAGAGAAGCAGUUCUGGAUAAUGUUAACAUUCCAGAAGACAUACUGUUUGUUGGCAAUUCGGACACGAUGGAGGAAAAUGGCUACAAACCUCAGAUUUCCAGCCCAGCAGUCUUACAAGACAGUACUUAUGAAAUACAUUCUCAAAGCCCAGAUAAAAAACCAAACACCCCAGCUCUGCCCGUGAGUAGUUUAAUAAAAGAUUUCCCAAGUCCCAUGGCUACCACAUGGUCUAUUGUUGGUACCAAUGAAAAUACAUUUUUAUUUGAUAAAAUCAGUCUUGUUUUGAACAACAGUAAAAGUGGACAGAGCAACAUGGUCAGCUCAACAGAUGAAGAGCCACAUACACCAACAGAAAACCAAUGGAAGCCCCUACUUUCAGAUGAAGAUAUUCAAGAACAGACCUUAAUACCAGAUGAACUUCUCUCUUGCUUAAAUGCUGUGAAUGAAGAUUCUUCCGAUAUAAUGUCUUACUUUCCUCAAAAUGUUGCAAAGUGA